AUGCAUAAAAAACAACGUAGUACAGGCACCGUACCAUGUGAAAUUAUUAAAGAAGCUUGGGAUCAUAAAAAAUCUUCCUUUAAAAAUUUAGCAGACAUGGGAUUAGCAAAUGACCCUAACAAAGUAAUAAAAAUACCUAAUUUGAAACAAGAAAAACUAAAGCAAGCUAAAGAAAUAGUGAGUAAAGGAGAAAGUUGUAUCUUAGAAACGGAAGAGGAAAUUUCACAGAUGCCUAUUAAAAAAGAAGUUGCAGAGAAAUUAGAAAAAGAAGCUAAAGCACCCAGAGAAAGGAGAUUUAUGUUGCCAAAAGCACAAGUAGAAUUUAUAACAUAUUUAUUGGAUAAAUAUGGCCAUGAUUAUAAGGCAAUGGAAAAAGACAAGAAAAACUAUUACCAGGAAACAUGGAAACAAUUAAGAGCUAAGAUUAAAACAUUCAUGGGAAUACCAAAACAGUACAGUGAAUACCUAAAAGUAAGAGGUUUACUUGACAAAGAAGAAGACGAGGAAGAAUUAAAAAUACAAGCUAAAGCUUUGGUGAUGGAUGACUAA